UCUGAUUCUGUAGCAUAUAACUUGUCUACUACUUUUGUAAUUUUUGUACUUAAUAACAACUUAUGUUUCUAAGUAUUGUUAUUUUUCAGUUUUUAUAUUUUUUGCCACUGAUUAUUAAGCCAUAUCCGACUAGAUUUAAAUUUAUCGGAAUGCAUUUGCUCAGAAAUGUCAGAGAUAAAGUAUAAAAAUCAAAUUCUAGCAGCGAUCGAUCACUUGCGUUCAAGAAAAUCAAGACCAGAUAUAAACAGAAUUUGUAAGUUUAUGUUAAAGUGUUAUAAAGUAACACCGAAAGACACCAAGGCGGACUUGAAACGUUGUUUAAAAGAAAAAAGUAUAUACAAAGUCGAUUAUAAAGAUAAUGUAAGCUACAGAAACGCAGCUAAGUGGCGGAAAAAGUCAACCCAAAAUAACAAAAUGAGUGCGACUGUUGCUACUAGUGAAAGACGUAUAAUAACAUCAGCUAUUGCAACUUUAAUUUAUCAAGAUCAAAGUUAUUUAGAAAAUGGUAUUGCCUUUGAUGACUUAGUAAGGGUUGCAGCUUCACAAGAAUCUAAAUACUCGAAGAAACAAUUGGAAACUAUUAUUAAUAAGGAGCUCUCAUCUGGGAGUCUGGUGAAGUUACCAAAUGGAACUUUAGCUCUAGGACCAGCAGAUCAUGAUGGAGACAGCUCAGACAGUUUUAAAUUUGAAUAUAAUGACUCAAACACUAAGAUGACAUCUUCAGCUAAUUCUUCAUGUCGGUCUUCUCCACAACGCACAAGAGGAAGACCGAAAAAGCGUGGUGGUGGGACAUCGAGCAAUAGCAUGCACAGUAAUAGUCAAAAUGCAGGUGUAAGGGUUGGAGAGAGACGUAAAAUGGCUAAAAAAGUUUUUGAUCCUUCUGACAAUAAUGUUCCUAGUAAACGUAAAAGAGGUCGACCAAUAGGAUCUCUAAAUAAAAGUACUAUUAAGAAAAGGUUAAUGAUUGCGGGAAAAGAUAAAGAAGACACUCCACUGUCUGAGAGCCAACAGUCAUUGGAUGGAAGUGGAGAUGAAAUGGAGCAUGAUGAACCAAUUCCUAAUGAAACUUCUGGAGGAGUAUGUUCAGUUUGUUUAGUACAAAAACCUCGUGGUUCUAAUGACAGACUAGUUGAAUGUCGUGAUUGCAACAACAAAGCACAUUUAAGCUGUCUUCAAUCUGGUUCUGGUAUUUUAAAACCAAGGCCUGAUAAUACAUGGCAGUGUCCUCAUUGUAAGACAUGUGUAGUUUGUUGUGAAACUAAUGAUGCAGGUAUAUUAACUGUAUGCAGCAUUUGUUCAGAUGCCUAUCAUGCUCUUUGUCAUUCACCACGAAUACCUGAAAGGCUAAAAGCAUGGGACCAAUGGGAAUGCAAUAACUGCUUAGAAUCUCGUCCCACUGUUGUAGGAUCACCUACCACUCAUCCAAAUAAUAUAGAUUAUAGCACAAAAACAGCUACAUUAGAUCCAUUUUUAAAACCACAUGAAUUAGAUAGAGUGCAAACAAAAUUGUCUGAAAAUGUACCAAUAGACAUAAGCAUACCAGACAUAAGUAAUUGGAAUGUGGACAAUGUGUAUGACUAUUUUUUAGAACACUUUCCUGAAGCUGCACCAAUAUUGCGAGAACAGGAAUUUGAUGGCCAGGCCUUAAGUAUGGCGUGCAGAGCAGAUAUUGUGAGAGGCUUAGGUUUACCCCUGGGUCCAGCUUUGGCGUUAUAUCGCAUCAUAGUGAAAUUACAGACAAGAAAAGAUGACUGGAGAAUGUGUUGGGGCUGAAAUUAAAUUGUAUAAAUUUAAAAAUAUGAUGUAUGUACGAAUAAAAAUAGCUUUUGCUAUGGAUGAUACCAUAUUUUACUGUUUAAAUUAAUUA